AUGGUCUGCGAAAUGGAAACAGCACUAAGGCAGUUUGCUGCUCACCCAGAGCACCAGUCCUCAGACAGCACAUUCCUGGUGUUUAUGUCACAUGGCAUCCUGAAUGGAAUCUGUGGGACUAAGCACUGGGAUCCAGAGCCAGAUGUUCUUCACGAUGACACCAUCUCUGAAAUUUUCAACAACCGUAACUGCCGGAGUCUGAAAGACAAACCCAAGUUCAUCAUCAUGCAAGCCUGCAGAGGCAAUGGUGCUGGGAUUUUUUGGUUCACCACUGACAGUGGAAACGCCAGUGCAGAUAUACGUGGUCGGCUCUUGCAAGGUAACUUCUGUAAUGAUGCUGUUACAAAGGUUCAUGUGGAAAAGGACUUCAUUGCUUUCGAAUCUUCCACACCACAUAAUGUUUCUUGGAGGCAUGAAAUAAAUGGCUCAGUCUUCAUUUCCCACAUUAUCUACUGCUUCAAAGAGUAUUCUUGGAGUCAUCAUCUAGAGGAAAUUUUUCGAAAGGUUCAACGUUCGUUUGAGACCCCAAAUGUACUGACCAGUUGCCCACCAUUAAGACUAUCCAUGACACGAUAUUUCUAAGUCUUUCCUGGGAAUUAA